AGCUCGCUGGCGCCUGGCUCCUUUCCCUCCUCCUCCUUGUCCACCCGACUCCCUCCCGCCGCCUUCAUCCUCGUCCCCAUCUUCGCCUCCCUCCCCGCCCCCGUCUCCUUAUCCACUUUAACUAGCCACUUCCCGGGGCCGCUGGCCGACUUGGAGGCUGCAGCCGAUUCCCUUACUUGGUGGAUGUUCACCACAAAGAAGCCCCUAGCUUUUUCUGCCCUAGGCUAUUUCAUGGCUAAUUAGGGACCUCCUCCGGGGAGCAGAAAGAAAAUUAAGGUCAAAACCAGACAGGAUUUCUUUGUUCCCUCUGCUUCAGGUAGCUGACUUGCAGGUUGGGCUGAUGCCAGGCUCCAACUGCUGAUCCUUCCAGGGCUGGAAACCACUGUUUGUGGCUCUGGUCACUGAGCUUCCCAACGACGCCCCGCUCCACCUGCUAACUUCUGCUUCCUGUUGCCAACAUGAAUUCAUACGGGGACUCUCUGGAUCCCGAAAAACUAGUGCAGUGCCCCUACGACAAGAGCCACCAGAUCCGGGCAUGCCGCUUCCCGUACCACCUAAUCAAAUGCAGAAAGAAUCACCCGAGCAUUGCCAAUCAGAUGGCUACUUGCCCCUUCAAUGCCCGGCACCAGGUGCCCCAGGCAGAGAUCAGUCACCACAUCUCCAACUGUGACGACAAGAGCUGCAUCGAGCAGGAUGUGGCUAGCCAAUCGUGGAACUACCAGGGCAAAGCCCAGCCUGUAAGCAGCUGGCAGUGCCCACCAUGCAAUGAGGACUGGGAUCAAGCAGACUUGUGGGAAUCAAAUAAUUUCAUAUUUGUCUGGGGCGGCGCCAGCACCAGUACUGACAGCAAUUUAAGCUCCCAAGUAGCCCAGAAGUCUCCUCUAACUGGAAACAUGACCUAUGGCACCGGGAGAGGUGGUGGUGGUGCCGGCGGUGCCAGCGGCGGUGGUGCCAGCGGCGGCAGCGGUGGCACCAGGGGUGGCGGUCGUGGCACCAGGGGUGGCGGCCGGGGUGCCGGCAGUAGCGCCAGUGGUGCCAGCGGCGGUGGCAGCAGCAGCGGCAUGGGUGGCAGCAGUGCCAGCGGCAGCGAUGGCAACGACGGCGACCCUAGAAGUAACCUGGCAUCAGGGAUGCGGGUGCCCAAAUCUCUUCCUUAUGCGCUGCCUUGGAAGACCCGUGGCAAAACACAGUAAUGGGCCGCCCAUCCAUCUCGCCAAGUGACUGCCUCAGCAUCGUUCCCCUCUCUUCAGACGGCAGCCAGAUCUAACUGGACCAAAAGCAAUUUCACUUCCAUUUUCUUUCAGAUUAUGGGACCAAAUUAAAGCUUUGUGUCUUCCCUUAGA